GGGAAAUGAGUGUAGAGGAACUGAUGCAGAAAUAUGCUGGGGCAUAUGAUAGUGACUUUGAAAUGCCAAAAGAGAAUUCCAGUGAAGAGGGCAGUGAUGGUGAGGAUGAUGAGUCAUCAGUGUCUGAGAAAGAAUCUGGAGAGUCAUCUGAGGAGGAGGAGGAGGCAGAGUCAGAAAUGGAUGACAAGGAGCUCGACAAUAAACCAGGUACUGAUGACAAGCAGGAGGAUGUUGGUUUGGAAUUUCUAGUGAAAACAGAAGCAGCACCUCAGGGUGAUGAGUCUAGCACAGAGGGGCCUGGCAAAGAAUUUAGUGACAUAGCAGCAGCUGCUGAAAGCUUGCAGCCAAAAGGCUACACAUUGGAGACAACAGAGGUAAAGACAAAAGUGCCUUUCUUGCUAAAGCACACACUCCGAGAAUAUCAGCAUGUAGGCUUAGAUUGGCUUGCCACGAUGCAUGACAAAAGACUCAAUGGAAUCCUGGCCGAUGAGAUGGGGCUUGGAAAAACCAUUCAGACUAUUGCUGUGUUAGCUCAUCUUGCUUGUGAUAAAGGUGUCUGGGGGCCUCACCUCAUUGUUGUACCUACAAGUGUUAUGCUCAACUGGGAGAUGGAGUUCAAAAAAUGGUGCCCUGCUUUUAAAAUCCUGACAUAUUAUGGCAGUAUCAAGGAGAGAAAACUCAAAAGACAGGGUUGGACAAAAACUAAUGCAUUCCAUGUGUGUAUCACUUCAUAUAAAUUAGUGGUGCAAGAUCAUCAAGCAUUCCGCAGGAAGAAAUGGAAAUAUUUCAUUCUGGAUGAGGCUCAGAAUAUUAAAAACUUCAAGUCCCAAAGAUGGCAGAUGCUUCUAAAUUUCUCCAGUCAGAGACGAUUGUUGCUAACAGGAACACCUCUUCAAAAUUCUUUGAUGGAGCUGUGGUCAUUGAUGCACUUCCUCAUGCCAAAUGUGUUUCAGUCUCACUCAGAAUUCAAAGAAUGGUUUUCCAACCCUCUGACUGGCAUGAUUGAAGGAAGUCAGGAAUACAAUGAAAAUUUAGUCCGUCGCUUGCAUAAGGUUUUGAGGCCUUUCCUUCUGCGUCGAUUAAAGAAUGAAGUAGAGAAGCAGAUGCCUCAGAAGUAUGAGCAUGUUGUCAUGUGUCGGCUUUCCAAGAGACAGAGAUAUCUCUAUGAUGAUUUCAUGUCGCAGACCAAGACCCGGGAGACACUGGCCACUGGUCACUUUAUGAGUGUAAUCAACAUUCUGAUGCAGCUGAGGAAAGUCUGCAAUCAUCCAGACCUCUUUGACCCCAGGCCCAUUGUAUCACCUUUCAAAAUGAGCGGGAUUGUGUAUACUACAGCGUCCUUAGCCACACGUAUUCUGGAGCAUGACCCACUGAAUAGCAUUGACAUCCGAACCUUGUACCCGAAUUUGGCUGAGAUGGAAAAAGAUCUCCCAGCUUUUGUAGCCCAGAGAAUCAAGCAGUUGAAAGCUACUGGCAAACUGAUUCAGGAAGUUGACAGUAUACCAGAACCUCCACCGCGUCUGCCAUCAGGGCAGUUGAAAAAUUUUAAAGCUCCACUACCACCAGUGUUAGAGACGGGAAGAUCAUCCUGUGUGGUGACCACCGUCACAGGUACACAACCCAGGCCUGCUUCACCGCUGACAACUGUCAAGCUGACACUGUCAACAGUGCAGUCUACCCCAUCAACUGUAAAUAGCAUCAAGCUGCUGCUGCCUGCUACGUCAUCAUCAUCAUCAGCAACGCAGCAGACCGUAUUAAUUCCCAAUCCCAGUGGAUCAGGUCCAACAUUCUUCUUGCCAUUGUCUUCCAUUUCAUCGUCUUCAACCUCUACAGCUAUAGCCCAGGCAAAACUGAUUUCAUCCCAGCUGCAGAGUGGUGUUUUGCAGCUAGUGCAAACUUCUUCAGGACAUCAGAUUCUCACAGCAAACCUGCAGACUUCAUCAGCUAUUUCUUCAUUAUCAACACUGUCUACUGUAACUGCCACAACAGCAUUGCCAUCUUCACUGACUUUUUCAACAACAGUAGCAAAUUCCACAGUUCCACCGGUGUCAGCAGCUUCCUCGUCAGCGGGUGUAUCGUUGCUGAAAUGUCCAGCGUUAGUACUUCAGCAGAAUCAACAGAAACCUGUUAUGAGAGUAUCUCCAUUUCUGGUCUCAUCUACAGAUGUGUCGUCUCCUGUACAAGUGGCACAGGCACCGGCACCACUGACCUCCAUGGCCAGCACCAAUAAGUUGCCAGACUUACCUACAGAGAAAAUAUCACCAAGAAGACCCAUGAAGAAGUCUGAGCUCUUUUUGGAAUCACUGUAUCACAAAAAGGUGGAAAGGCGACAGCAUAUCCUGGCCCUCAUGGCUCGACUGAAUCAAAGAAGAUGUGAUGCCAGUCCUGUCUACGGCUCGGACACACGACAUUGUAUCGACUGCACCAGGCUUUUGGAUGCAUCGAAUUCAUAUUCUCCAAACCCAUCUUCUCCUGCCGGUGCACCAGUGUCUUACCUGGAAAGCUGGCACAACAGUGGUUACGUGAACUGUCUUUUCUCCCAGAACCGCCAGAUUAACCACAAUCAUCCAGAUGUGUACUGGAGAGAGUCCACUCAUUUGCAACAUUUAGUACAUUCCCCAUUAGAGUGGUUGGAGGAGAUGAAAGAUAUACUGUCUCGGUUUGUUUUUGUCACACCAUCAGUAAUUUCACCAGCUAUUUCUUUGCGAGUGUCACACCCAAAUCAGUCUGACUUGAUCCAGAUGGAAUGGGCUGAAGCACGACUGCGGCCAGUAAUUGUGGAGAAAUCCUCCGUUCUGCACCCCAUACAGUCAAGAACAAUGGUCACAUUCCCAGACCUCAGGCUUAUACAGUAUGAUUGUGGUAAACUCCAGACCCUGGACCGAUUACUGCGCCAGCUGAAGUCCGGUCAGCACCGAGUUCUCAUCUUCACACAAAUGACCAAAAUGCUGGAUGUUUUAGAAGGUUUCCUCAAUUUCCAUGGCCACCGCUACCUGAGACUUGACGGAACCACUAAAGUUGAGCAGAGACAGUAUUUGAUGGACCGCUUCAAUGCAGACCCUCGGAUUUUCUGCUUCAUUCUCUCAACGAGGUCAGGAGGUAUUGGUGUCAACCUGACGGGCGCCGACACGGUCAUCUUCUAUGACAGUGACUGGAACCCAACCAUGGAUGCUCAGGCUCAGGACAGAUGUCACAGGAUAGGUCAGACCAGAGAUGUGCACAUAUACAGACUAGUCAGUGAGAUGACUGUGGAGGAAAACAUACUCAAGAAAGCUAACCAGAAACGGUUGUUAGGUGACCUUGCAAUCGAAGGAGGCAAUUUCACCACUGCUUUCUUCAAAGAGCAAACUAUCCAUGAUUUGUUUGCUGAACCGUCUGGGCUAGAGUCACUGGUGGAGGCCAAAGCCAAGGAGAAGGAAGAAAAGGAGAAAGCACGACAGGAAAAAGAAAACGAAGAGAGGGAGCGAGCUGAAAAAGAAGAAAACAAGAAAGAGGCAGCUAUUCUAUCACAGUUUGAACAGGCACUGUGUAAAGCUGAAGAUGAAACAGAUGCACAAGCAGCAACACAAGUGCAAGCUGAACAGAAAGCUGAGCUUGCAGAGUUUGAUGAAAACAUUCCUUGGGAUGAGAGAGAGACAGAAGCAAGAGAGGACGAUGAUAUAUCCAAAGUUGAGAUUGAACUGGCAAUGUUGGACAAAGAAUUAACACCCAUUGAACGUUAUGCAGUAGGUGUCAUGGAAGCCCAGAUGGAACCAGAAACAGCAGAAGAACUCAAGAUGGCAGAAGAGGAUAUUCAAAACUCCAAGAAGGACUGGGAGCUUGCCAGACUGAAAGCACUAAAGGAGGAAGAGGAGCGACGAGCGGAGCUGGAGGAGGAUGAAAUGCUGUACAUCUACUCCAGGGAUGAGUCUCAGAUGUUUGUUUCUGAUGUUGAUGGAGCUGAGAUGCCAAUGUGGUGUCCACCAACUCCACCCCAGGAUGAUAAUGAUAUUUACAUCGAUGAGACGUUGUCCUUCCUCUAUGAGCCUAGAGUGAUGCCAGAGCAGUCCUUGCCUCCCGUGUAUGUGCCGAAAACUCACAAAAAGCCAAAGUUGGAAGCAGUGACCACUCGGAAGCAGAAACAACGCAAGGAAGAACAGCCACGGGUUCCCAGGUCAUUGUUUGACAAGCCAAAGGAGGUGGUCAUGAAACAAAGGAGGGAUGCCAAGAUGCAGAGACUGAGACAGAAUUUACAGGUGCCAGCCAAGAUGAUCGCAGGUAGAACACAUCUGGGUCAACAACAGCAGCAGCCUCCGACACCUGUCGUCACAAAACCAGAGCCUGAUCCCAACUAUCCAGAGUGGCUUGUUCAUGAAGAGUGGGCACUUCUGGAGGCUGUACAGAAUAUACAGAAGCUCAAUCCAGACCUACUGGUUGAUAAUCCGGCUCAGAUAGUCAACUGGGACUUUGUGUCUGAUUUUGUCAGUGUGGUAGGGCGCAUUUUCCGUUCAGCCAAGCAUUGCAGAUAUCAGUAUGAAUAUGUGGUCCUGCCCAGAGAAGAUGGGAAAAUUGUUUACAACCUGAAGCAGAAGAAAACCCCUAAGAGUAUUUAUAAGACUAAAAACACCAGACCCCAGCGUACAGAGCAGCUCUACUCACAGGAAGGACUCAAGAAUUUUUCCCAGCUGUUUGAUAUUAGGUUUGCCGCCAUGAUGGAAAUAGGAGCCAAAAGACCAGCAGCCAUGCGACAGACGAUUGUCAGCCCGGCUGCUAAACUGACCAAGCAUUCCACCAUCUUGGCUGAGCAUGGCAUCAACUAUGACAACACCAUGUUGCCAAGUCAGCUAGCAGCCAAGCGAGCAGAGAGGAUUGCAUUAGACAAGAAAAAGCAGCAACAGCAGCAGCAACAAUUGCAGCAGCAGGCAUCAGCACAAGCUCAAGGCAUUGCAGCAAAUGUUGCUGUAGCUGAUGCAGUAGCGGCAGCUCAGCGGCCUGUCCAAGCCACACCAGGUGUCAGUGCCACCAUCCAGGGACAGCAGCUGUCAUCUAUUGUCUCAGUGACACCAACAACAGUCAUUACUAACCAAGUGCCCAAAGUAGCAGUCGGACCAGGACUGACAGCGGUAUCGCUGGCAAGAACGCUUGGAGCAGCAACUGGAAACAUAAUAGUUAAUGCCCCUGCUGGGCUACAGUCGGGGCCUUUUGCUGCCAUCAACAAGCGAAUGUCUCAGGCUGCUGGCUUAUCGUCUACAAUAGCUGUGUCUGCCAACUUGACUCCAACCAUCCGUGGUCAGCGACCCACAGGGGCAGGCACUCCUACAAUCACCAUGCAGGAUCUGGAAGUAACUGUGGGCUCUGCGGGCACAUCUACAGCCAUAACUGCAGCUGCCCAAGCUGCUGCUGCUGCACGAUCUGCCUUACAGACCACAGUAACAUCGUCUGCUCUAGCAGUUGGGCAGAGGCUGGCAGCCAUGACAGGAACCAGCCUUCAACCGCAGCUGGUCCAAGCCCGUAGUCUCACACCACAACAGAUCAACAUUCUACGACAGAAUCAGUCCAUCAUUAGGACACAGACAGCCACAGGUAUGCAGCAGCUGCGUGCUCAGAAACUGCUGACCACGGAGCAGAUGCGAGCCCAGCAGUUGAAGCAUCCGGGACAGAAAGUGAUCACACAGCAGCUGUUGGUGCCGGUCAGGGGAGGACAG